CUUUUGUGGAGUAUAUAGGCCUGGAGCAGGGUCCAUCUUUGGAAGCCAACAGGACAGGACGCUCGGGAAGAAGGGGAGAGACCUGUGAAGAGCUGCAGGACAGCAGAAUGAAAAGGGCAAACGUUGGCUACAAUAUGAAAACAUUUCAAGGAUUGCACAGCUGCCUUCAAUCACAGAAAGCAUGUGGGUGACCAAGCUCGUAGCUCUGAGCCUCCUGGCUGCUCUGGCCACAGCGGAGGAGAAGAAGCUCAGCAGCCAUGCCAGCAUGUUAGCAGACACCAGCGCUAGUCUGGCCUUCAACCUCUAUCACAACAUGGCCAAAGAUAAGAACGCGGAGAACAUCCUCUUCUCCCCAGUAGUGGUAGCCUCCUCUCUGGGUCUGGUCCACCUGGGGGGCAAAUCCUCCACGGCAUCGCAGGCCAAGACAGUCCUCAGCGCCGACAAAGUGAAGGACGACCAGCUCCACACGGGCCUGUCGGAGCUCCUCACUGAGGUCAGCAACUCCACCGCUCGAAACGUCACCUGGAAGAUCGGCAGCCGCCUCUACGGGCCCAGCUCCGUCAACUUCGCGGACGAGUUUGUCAAGAGCAGCAAGAAGCACUACAACUACGAGCACUCCAAGAUCAACUUCCGGGACAAGCGGAGCGCUGUGAAGUCCAUCAACGAGUGGGCGGCCCAGACCACGGACGGGAAGCUGCCCGAGGUCACCAAGGAUGUGGAGAAGACUGAUGGAGCUAUGAUCGUCAACGCCAUGUUCUUCAAGCCCCACUGGGAUGAGAAAUUCCACCACAAGAUGGUGGACAACCGUGGAUUCCUGGUGUCACGCUCUUACACUGUUUCCGUUCCCAUGAUGCACCGCACAGGACUCUACAUGUUCCAUGAAGAUUCUGAGAAGAGGCUGUACGUGCUGAGCAUGCCUUUGGCUCACAAGAUGUCCAGCAUGAUCAUCAUCAUGCCCUACCAUGUGGAGCCAUUGGAAAGACUGGAGAAGCUGUUGACCCGCAAGCAGUUGGACACCUGGAUCAGCAAGAUGGAGGAAAGAGCUGUAGCCGUUUCCCUGCCCAAAGUCUGCAUGGAAGUCAGUCACAACCUCCAGAAACAUCUUGGGGAGCUGGGCCUGACAGAGGCUGUGGACAAAGCCAAGGCCGACCUCUCCAACAUCUCUGGAAAGAAGGACUUGUACCUGUCCAAUGUCUUCCAUGCCUCCGCAAUGGAGCUGGACACUGAAGGCAACCCCUUCGACACCAACAUUUACGGGAGCGAGAAGCUGAGGAACCCCAAACUAUUCUACGCAGACCAUCCAUUCAUCUUCGUCAUUAAAGACAAUAAAACCAACUCCAUCCUCUACAUCGGCAGGCUUGUAAGGCCCAAAGGAGAUAAAAUGCGAGAUGAGUUAUAGUUUUGUCUGGCUGUAGUUUGUGUGUGAGAUUGAAGUAUGACUAUGAGAAGCAAAAUGUCAGUCACCUCAUGAUCACAUUCCAUUAGAAAACCAAAACCUGUGGUACAUCCAGUCCUUACACUUUUCAGAAAAAGCAAACAUGUCUAGGAGCCGCUCUGAAGAGAUUUUUGACUUAACAACUGUCUUCCCCAGAGCUGGCCACCAGAAAUGUUUGCUUUAUUCUGGAAUAUUUUGAACAAUUGUGUUUUGAAAAGCAUUCCUAUUGCAGACCAAAAAACAUACAUUGCCACCUAACUCUACCAAUGAGAUCAGGCAAUCAAGUCACAGGAGACCUGUGGUUAAUUAUUUUUUGGAUAUUUAUUGUAGAUCACAGAUGAGGCCAGUCAGCUUAUAUUAAGCGUGGUUGUUUCAGGUAAUUGCCUCC